AUGGUGACAAAUAACCAAUACUUAUUUGCUUAUCAGAGGCAACGCCAACCUAUUCAAAGAAAGGGUGUGUUGGAACUAGAAGGAGUAGACACAAUCUUGGCACAGAACAAGUUGAUGCACCAACAGAUCCAGCAACAAAUGGAAAUAAUGGCUAAGAGAGUAGAUGGCCUCAAACUAGCUUCAGUGAGCACAACAAAUCAAGCUUCAAUUGAAUGGGGUCAAAAUGAAGCAGGCAAUGUUGAGCAACAACAAGAACAAGUUCAAUACAUGCAAAAUACCUCAAGUUCAUUUCAAAAUGACUUCCAUGGUGACACAUACAACUCAUCCUGGAGGAACCACCCGAACCUGAGAUGGGGUGAUAAUCAAAACCAGUGGCAGAAAAAUAACAACUCCAACCAUUCCCGCAACACACACAACCAAAAUCAUUCAUCUAACAACACUAACCAAUACAAGAAACCCCAAAACACAUAUCAACCACCCCACAAUAAUUCACAAACUCACCAAAAUAACUUUUCCACACCACCAUUCAACUCACAAAAUGCCCACCUCAAUGCUCCAAACAAUUUCCAGCCACAACAGUCAUACCCUACCAUACCACCCAUUGACCAUCAUGAAACCAGGAUCUCAAGUCUUGAAGCAGCCUUGCAAGCCCUUACCCAAAACACACAGUCACUUGCCUAG